AGAAUUUGCAUUUGUAUGUUACAGCCACUACUAGAGAAUAGUCCAGUGAGAAUGGCAACAACACAUGGCACUACCAAGUAUUCCAAGCUGGAGAAUGAGAUGGACAGUCCACACAGGCACUUCCUGGACAGUACUCUGGGCCAGCAGAACUUGCUCAUCAGCUCACAGGAUGACCAGUUAGAGCGGAUUACUCACUCUCUGGGCUCUCUUAAGACAGUUUCUCGCCAGAUUGGCUCAGAGCUUGAUGAACAGGCUGUGAUGUUGGAUGAUUUUGGAACAGAAAUGGAGAAUACAGAUUCUAAACUUGACUCAACAAUGAAGAAAGUAGCUAAAGUUCUUCACAUGUCAAAUGAUCGGCGUCAGUGGAUUGCCAUCGCUGUCCUGUCAUGCAUCCUAUUCGUGGUGGUCAUGCUGCUGAUAGUUCUCUGAGUAGCCACCACACUGUGCAGUGAUGAGGACUGUUGCAGCUACCCGGACACUAUACAGUAACGUCAUCAGUUCCAUCUAGGUUGUCUUCUCCUAAGUUUUUAUACUUAUUUUACUGCAUGACUAUUCAUGAGUUUCCUAAAUUUGGUUUCUAUCUUUCUAGUCGUUCUUGUAGAUGUAAAUGAAAGCAUUGCAGCUUAUCAGUGGUGACUUGUAAAUAUCUUGUUAAUCUUGUAAAAUGUUAUGGAUUUGUAUAAGACUGGAUGACUCUAUAAGGGACUUAAUCUUUGCUACUUUUAAAUCUUAUGAUCAGUAUAAGUUAUUUGGUUUUAGAUAGUAUAAUUGCUUAUAAAGUUAGUAUUUCUUUGAAUGGAAUCAUUGGGUUUGUAUUAUCGAUCAUUUUCUUAGUCAAAUAUGAUGAUUAUUUUAACACAAUUUCAACAGCAAAAUUAAAUUUUACAAUUACAUCAAUUACUGGUUCACCAAUCCUCUACAAUUAUAAGCAUGUACCUAUAUUUAAUAAAUUUCACAGAAUUAUAACAAUGAUGGAUUUUAAAUUAAACUAAGAAUUGUAACUCAAUGAAAAUUGUGUGGUGUGUAUUUGUUUUAUUUACAUUGCUAAAACAAAUUACAGUAGAGCCUCAAGCACGUAUGCUACUUUUAUAUUGUUUUAUAACUCGUACUAGACUACAAUGAAUAGUCCAAUUAUUACCAUGAAUUAUCAAUUAGCUAAUGUUAAUGGAAAUAUAUAUAAUACAGCAAUACAGUUAUUUCAGCAAUUUAUUGCUCUUUAAGAUAAUCAAAAUUGUCGGAUCCUUUUGAAAGGAUUUUAACUGUUUGGGACAAAAUAUAUUGAAAUUUAAAUAUUUUUAAAUAAAAAAAUUCAAAGGUAAAAAGAUAAAUUUUCGUGGAGUUUGUAUAAGUUGGACUCGCCUGAUAAAUUCUACCAACAUCAGAUCACCCUUUCAGUGUACCACAGUCUAAAUUUUAUUUGAUCCCAAAUUCAAAUUAAUCUUAUAUGGAUUUGAUUAUGUUGACUGCGGCAGAAACUUACAGCACAGUGGCAUUGUGAGAUUGGUAAAUAUCAUUUGCUAUAGAACUGCAAGUGAAAGUAUUAAAUUAAAAUUAUUAUAGGUUAUUUUAUUCAGAACAUUCCUUAUAGUUCACUUAUAAGUUUUAGAAUUACUAAGCAUGUAUAAUAGUUUAAAAGUUUUGUACAAGUUAUAAUAUAAAAAGUUUAAAAUACUACAUUUUACUUCAUGAUUCUGUAUUACUAUAAAUCAAAGGUACACACUUCAGAACAAUUAUGAAAUAAUGAUAUUUUCAAAUAUUUUUUUACACAAUAUGUAUAAAUUUCAGAACAGUAAAAAUACAGCAUAUUUAUUUCAGGUGCUCAGUGAAACAGAUUAUAUAUAAAAACAAAACUGUAAUGCACUAUGUAGUAAAUCUCCUUGACUUUUACACUUUCUCUAUGUUUUCACUCUGCGUCUAGUUGUGCAUGUAUUCACACAGGUUGACGACAGAUAUUUUUACAGUGUUGUGACAAGGAAUGUCACGAUCAAGCUAUCUUUGCCUUUAAUCAUCUCCAUGACUUGUAUGCUUUCUCUAUCUUUUCACUCUCUAUUAGGUUCUGCAUGUAUUCCAACAUGUUGACGACAGAUAUUUUUACAGUGUUGUGACAAGGAAUGUCAAGAUCAAGCUACCUUUGCCUUUAAUCAUC